UUCAGUCGUAAUCUAUCCCGCCAAUACCUUCGCUCUCUUAUACCCCCUUCAUUCCCCUGCUUACUCUCAUUACAACCCCACUUACUGUGGGAGCAUCUAUCAACGCGCCCUCGUGGGACGCGACGCGUGCUCGUCCGCGCGCCGAUCUUUUUGCGAUCUCUGCCUCCUCGACCAGUCCUCCGCACCUCCCCCGCGUCCUCCACGGCCUCCGUCCUCCUUCCGCCCCUGUCUCUCUGUAGCAUAGUCUCCCGCGAUGACCGACAUCAACACCGUCGCCAAGCAGUUCACCGAUUUCUACUACACCACCUUCGACACGAACCGUGCCGACCUCCAGGGCCUCUACCGUCAGAACUCGAUGUUGUCGUGGGAGGGCAACCAGGUCCUGGGAGCUGCUAACAUCUCCGAGAAGCUGACGGCGCUCCCUUUCGACAAGGUGCAGCACAAGGUCACGACGCUGGAUGCGCAGCCGUCUGACCCAACGAUGUCGAACAUGAUUGUCAGCGUGACCGGCCUCUUGCUUGUGGAUGACAACCAGCACCCCCUGCAGUUCAGCCAGGUCUUCCAGCUCGUCCCCGAGGGCGGGAGCUUCUAUGUCUUCAACGACAUUUUCCGCCUCAACUACGGCGCAUGAUUCUCGCUCAGGGCACAACAGGGUGUGGCAUAUCUAACUGAGGAUCGCGAACCGGGCAGAAGGAAAUGGAAUGUUGUACGUCAAGAAUUGUUGUUGCUAUAAUACAUUCUCCGUGUUGUGUAAUGCGGCUGGUCUGAAAGACGCCCAACGUCGAACAUCCUGGGGUUGUCCUUGGGUUACAAGCUCAACAUUGAAUAGACCAAACACCAGUGAGGGAAUGUACAAGAUCUCGCCGUGAGCGACGAGGAAUAAAAUCUACGGCACCAGCAUCCAUGUACACCGGGUAUUACUAUAGUACGCAUGUGCGACGACAACCAUUCGACAAGACGAUUGAAAGAGCAGAACAAGUGUCAAGGCCUCGAGGAAGAUCAAACACCAGCAACGAUCCUGCAUAGCCGGUCGGGUCAGUCAGUUUCUCAGAGCACGGUACAGGCGAACCACUCACUCUUCGGCCUUGUUGAGUGCCU